AUGCAAUUUCUUGCAUUAUAUGCUCCUUAUUUUCUCUUUGUUUCAUGCCUUCUUCAAGUUUCCCAUCCCACUAUAGCCCAAAAGAUCAACCAGUUUUCGAACUGUAACACUACUUUGAAUUACACUUCUGGGAGUCUUUAUGAGCAAAACCUAAACCUUACCCUCAGUUAUCUUGUUGCUAAUGCUUCUCUAACAGGAUUCUACACCACAAGUAUUGGUGAGAACAGUGAUGUGGUUUAUGGCCUUGUUCAGUGCAGGGGAGACCUCUCUAAAGUUGAUUGCCAUACUUGUGCAAAUACAGCUGCAACUGAGAUAAGGCAACUCUGUUUUAGCCAGAAGGAGGCUUCGGUUGGUUAUAUAAAUUGCUCGUUACAGUAUUCGGCUCAGCGUUUCUUCUCUACUUUCGACAGUUUUCCAGGAGUACAGUUACAUAACCCCAAGACAGCAACUGAUCCUGCUCUUUUUAAACGCCAGUCAGGCAACUUGGUUAAGAACCUUUCAUCAAAAGCUGCUUCUGAUCCUUCCAGAUUUGCUCUUUUGUUCACCAGUUACACAGAUUUUAAUGAUAUAUAUGGCAUGGCCCAGUGCACCCAAGACUUAGCAGAAAACACCUGCUUAACUUGCCUGCAAGAGAUUGCCAGCCAUGUUCCUGAGUGCUGUGAUGGAUAUGUUGGGGCUACACUAAUUUCUAAAAGUUGUUAUCUUCGGUACGAGAUAUAUUCAUUUUUUCUGUCACCAAUAGCGCAUCAGCCACCUCCAGUGGCAUCUCCUCCAUCUCCUUCCUUGCUUGAGCCUAAGGCUAGUCAUGCUGGAAAGAAGAGCAAUUCAAAAAUCAUCCUUAUCAUAGUAAUCCCACUAGCUUUAGCAUUGACUGUGUUAGCCACAGGCUGCGCUGGUUACUUAUUCUGGAAAAAGGCCAAGAGAAAUGGGGUUGAUGAUGUUCCUGAUUUACGUGAAGAUGGUAAUAAUAACAUGGAUCCACUUUUGAUUGGACUAAGUACACUUAAAGUUGCAACCAACAAUUUCUCAGAAGCAUAUAAACUUGGAGAAGGUGGAUUCGGUCCAGUUUACAAGGGAAAACUGCCCGAUGAACUAGAAAUAGCCGUGAAGAGGCUGUCACGUAGUUCAGAGCAAGGUCUAGCAGAACUAAAAACGGAAGUGAUGCUGGUUGCUAAGUUACUGCACCGGAAUCUGGUAAGACUGUUAGGCUUCUGCUUGGAAGAUGAAGAGAAGCUACUCGUCUAUGAAUACCUACCCAAUGGGAGCUUGGACAAGAUUUUGUUUGAUCAGAGGAGACCAUUUGGCUUAGAAUGGGAAAGAAGGUUCAAAAUUAUUGUUGGAAUUGCUAGAGGGCUACUUUAUCUGCAUGAAGAUUCUCAGCUUAGGAUUGUUCACCGAGAUUUGAAAGCCAGCAACAUCCUGCUAGACGAAGAGAUGAAUCCCAAAAUAUCUGAUUUUGGUUUAGCCAAACUGUUUUGUGGUAGCCAAACUCAUGGCAAUACAAAUCGGAUUUCAGGUACUUUUGGAUACAUGGCACCGGAAUAUGCUAAAAAUGGGAAAUUUUCGACUAAAUCUGAUGCCUUUAGUUUUGGGGUUUUAGUUAUGGAAAUUAUUACAGGUCGAAAGAAUUCCAGCUUCCGCAAUUUCUCAAAUAUUCAAAGUUAUGCGUGGCAGCAUUGGGCCAAUGGAACAGCUUUGGAGUUAUUGGAUCCAAGAUUGGGUGACCAUUACACCAUAAACUCCACCGUCCCGUCACAGCCAGCGUUUUAUGUCCGGCAAGAGAACUCUGCAGACUCACAGCAGUCGGUGGCUCGCCUCGAAAGUUAUGGUGCAUUAGAACUUGAUCAGUUAGCAGAAGCAACUCAAUCAGUAAAUGACCUAACAGUCACUGAACUCUGUCCUCGCUAG